UUUUUAAGCGAUCACAAUUUAGAUUAGAAGAUGAAGCCCUUGUACUGUGGAAACCUAGAGUAUGAGGCACGGCAAUCAGAAAUUGAGCGUUUGUUUUCCAGAUAUGGAAGGGUUGAGCGGGUAGACAUGAAAUCAGGAAUUUUGAAGAGCCUCCAUAUACGCUCUUCUUGGGCCCCUGCCUGUGCAUAUCCUUUCAUCAAUCAUGCCAUGGAUCUUUAACUGCCAGAGGAUCAGCUUCUAGAAACGUUCAACGAAGCUGAUACACAAAUGACAUCCUGCAUUUCACCAUUUCUUUUCAUCCCUCUCAUGCCAUGUUAAAUCUCCAGUUUGAAGCAUGCCAAGAGAUAGAUCCCAUGACACACCACUACAAUCAGAAUGGAGCAUAACUGGCGAAGGCACUAAUCCGAUCCGAUCGAUGACCCUACUCUCACCUUAUCCAUACCUGACACCAUUUAGUUCAACAUGCAAGGUCUGUGCCUGCUGUUCUUUAAUGCAGCAAGUGUUUACACAAAUUAGUAACAGGAUAUGCAUUUAUCUAUAUGGAUGAUGAGCGUGAUGCUGAGGAUGCAAUCCGAGGACUUGACAACACAGAAUUUGGGAGGCAGCGACGCCGGCUGUGUGUAGAGUGGACAAAGCAUGCAGAUCGAGGUAGUCGCCGAUCUGAAGGUGGUAGGAGGUCUUCUACAAAUUUGAAGCCAACAAAGACAUUAUUUGUGAUAAAUUUUGAUCCAUAUACCACCAGGGUUAGAGAUCUUGAGAGACAUUUUGAGCCUUACGGUAAGCUGGUAAAUGUAAGGAUUAGAAGGAACUUUGCAUUCGUGCAGUACGAAUCACAAGAAGAAGCAACAAAGGCCUUAGACUCUACAAAUAUGAGCAAAGUAUUGGAUAGAGUUAUUACAGUAGAAUAUGCUCAGCGGGAGGAUGGUGAUAGAAGAGGUGGUCGUGCAAGUCCUGUUCGAAGAGGUGGUUAUGGGAGACCUGGUGGUCGUGAAAGAUCUGCAAGUCCUGUAUAUGGUAGGCGUAGGGGCAGUCCUGACUAUGGCAGGGCUCCAAGUCCUGUCUAUGCAAGGCGAGUGGAGAGAGGAAGUCCUGAUUAUGGUAGGGCUCCAAGUCCAAUUUAUGCCAGGCGCCCAGAGAGGGGCAGCGCUGAUUAUGGCAGGGAGGCAAGUCCUGUUAAUGAACGGUACCGGAGUCGAUCACCAGUGAGACCUUCAAGAUCCUAAAGCAGUCCAGUUGAGCGGUCUACUUGAUGUGAAUGGUUAUUGAGGUUGUUAUUGUUUGGAGCUUCUUAUCCACUGAGGUCGAGAUGUUGCUAAGCGGAUUUUAAAGUUAAAUCACAAAUUGCAAACAGUGGAUAAAGAGCACUUAAAGAAUUGGUGGCUGAAAGUUCAAUGUACUGUGUUGUGCUAUUUAUAAUUUCUCUGUUGUUCUCUAACACAUUUACUGAAUGAUUACUGAUAUAAAUUUUGUUUACAUUCUUCUGAUUUUAAAUGUUAAGAGAUGCUCUGCAUUAUGGAUUUUACUA